AUGAGUGACGAUCCAAUGGCUGAUUUCCUCGCUCGUGAGAAGGCUGCAUUAGGUGACGAUGCCGACUUGUUCGCAUCUGGAAGCGCACCCUCAGAACCAUCAGGGAUGGAUGCCUUCCCCGACUUUACUUCACCUGCUCCUCCUGCCGAAGCUCCCAAACCGGCCUCUCCCCCAAAGGGGAUUGACUCAUUCCCUUCCCUCCACUCUCCCUCGAUUGGAGGAGGAGAGGUAAGAGUCACCGGUGUAGCUGGAACAGGAGAGGAUGAAGAUCGUGCUCAGUUCGAAAGUCAAUUCCCGGAUUUAUCAGGUGAAGUGGGAUACGAAGCUCCCCCUAAACCCGUGUUCAACGCCUUAUCACCCCAACCAUACGGUGCAUCACCUUACCCAGCUACAGCCGCACCCAAACCUCGUUCUGCUCAAUCCAUCCUACCUCCUCCAACAUUCAACAAUAUCCUCCCAUCGAACUCCGAAGAGGAAUCUGAACCUAUCAAAGCAUGGAGAGAGAAACAGGCUGAACAAAUCAAGAAACGGGACGAGGAAGAUAAGAAGAGGAGAGAUGAGAUGGCGAAUAAAGCUGAAAAGGCGAUUGACAGUUUCUAUGAAGAUUACAACAAGAUGAAAGAGAGGAAUAUCAGGGAAAACAAAGAGACUGAAGCUGCUUUCCUCGAAAAGCUGAACGAGGGUAUAGCUAAAGGGACAGCUUGGGAGAGAAUCACAGAGUUGAUUCAGCUUGAAAAUUCACAGUCCAAAACCAUUAGACCUUCUGUACCUGGUGGGUCCGAUUUAGCAAGGAUGAAAGAGAUCCUCUUAGCUCUCAGACGAGAAGGUGAUAAGGCCCCUGGAGCGGCGGGCUUCUGA